AUGAACUCGACAUCCCGCCUACGGCACGACGCGACUAGCACAUUUGACAUUCUUAUCCUCCUCAACGUCAACGAGUCCCCCACCAACUGCCCUGGUGCAGUCAUCGAGAGGAUCCCUGUACAAGCCGAACUGCCAGACACACCUGGUGCCAAGUGGCACUCGAGCUGUGACAACGUCUCGCCAGUAUCCCGGCUGACGUCACUGUCACCCAGGCACAGCCAGAGACCAGACAGCCGGACACUGUCACCCAGGCACAGCCAGAGACCAGACAGCCGGACACUGUCACCCCAGGCACAGCCAGAGACCAGACAGCCGGACACUGUCACCCCAGGCACAGAGAUCAGACAGCCGGACACUGUCACCCAGGCACAGCCAGAGACCAGACAGCCGGACACUGUCACCCAGGCACAGCCAGAGACCAGACAGCCGGACACUGUCACCCAGGCACAGCCAGAGACCAGACAGCCGGACACUGUCACCCAGGCACAGCCAGAGACUAGACAGCCGGACACUGUCACCCAGGCACAGCCUGAGACCAGACAGCCGGACACUGUCACCCCAGGCACAGCCAGAGACCAGACAGCCGGACACUGUCACCCAGGCACAGCCAGAGACCAGACAGCCAGACACUGUCACCCCAGGCACAGCCAGAGACUAGACAGCCGGACACUGUCACCCAGGCACAGCCAGAGACCAGACAGCCGGACACUGUCACCCCAGGCACAGUCAGAGACCAGACAGCCGGACACUGUCACCCAGGCACAGCCGGACACUGUCAUCCAGGCACAGCCGGACACUGUCACCCAGGCACAGCCGGACACUGUCACCCAGGCACAGCCAGAGACCAGACAGCCGGACACUGUCACCCCAGGCACAGACAGAGAUCAGACAGCCGGACACUGUCACCCAGGCACAGCCAGAGACUAG